AUGGUAAUUGGGCCUCCUGAGGAUGUCCCAGCUGUCGGUGUGGGUGCUAUUCUUUGCCCAGCCGGGCCAUGGGCGACUUUCAUCAAGGGAUACCCGUUAAAGGUGGCUGCAACGGGUGAAUUGUUCAAGUCCUCUCUCCUGGAGAGCCUCGCCCAGGAAAGAAUCUUGUGGGAACCACUUUUCCGCCUUAAUUAUGCCGUGUUCUUUACGCCAACCGCACCGGCUGGUGAAGUCGUUGCUACCCGUGCCCGGGUUGAGGCCGCCACAAUUCAGAUCGUCGGACGGUCAGAGAAUACAGCUUGUCGGUGCUGUAAGGUCCACAGGGGACCCUUCGUCCAUUGUGUUCGGGAUAUCGCUGCUCCACGGUGUGGCACCGGCCACCGACUUGGUAAGCCUUGCUCUCUCAGUUCUGAGCAAGCUGAGCCAAGAGCGGCUCGUCGUUUGUAA